AUGUCUCGCGGCAAGCGCAAAGGAAAAUCGGUCUUUUUGGGGCUUGAUCAAUUCCUCGCAGAAGAAGAUCUAUAUGGCGCCGGGUUCGUUGGAGCACCCGCCGAAACAGGUGCCGAGCCUCUCGUUGUGCCAGAGCCUGGCCCGAGCUCCGAGUACUACGACAACGAGUUCGAGGACCAAUGGGAAGGCGAAGAGCUGGCCUGGGUCCGCUCGCAACGCAAGGGCAUUUUGCCACAGGAGCGCACCGAUCCGCUGCCAAUUCCCCACGACUACAACCUGGCCCACAUCCGUCUGCGCGAGCGAUUUCCACCCUGGAAUCCGCCAACCAGCAAAAUUCCGCCGGCAGAGUAUUUUCGUGUGAACAUCAAGGAGGAACCGACCGGCGGUAACGCACCCGGAGGAAGCGGUGAAAAGAUUGAUCCCAAGCGACUUGAUGGGCUCGUUUCCGCUUUUGUGAGGUGUGUCUUCAAUUCGCGCACGCAUGAGCAUUUGGAGGUGCGCAAGCAGCUUUUCGACGAAAUGAAGUACCUGAGCCGAUCUACCACCUACCCGAUGGGACCAUCUUUGGCGGCCUACUUCGCAAAAAACGACGCGAACGGCAUACAGCGAGUGUUUUUCGAAUACGAAAACUCAAGCGAAGCACUGCCGUUUGCACAGAUCAGAAACCCGCCUCGGAAAUCGUUCCAAACGAAGCGGUUGGACUGGUCUAAAGAAGCCCAGAGCGCCUUCGAGACAAAAAGCCAUGGGAUCCCCGGACGUAUCGACAACACUGUCAUAGAAGUGGCCGUUCCCGGACAGGAGUUUAAGUUGCAAAUCGGUACUGGCGGCUCGUGCGAGUUUAUGCCGCCUGAUGCCCCGGGAUGUUCGUACCUGUGGACCCCGGAUGAGAGCAUUUCUCGUGAGCACAACGAAACUGGAAUCGCGCCCUACAAACUGAGCCCGCCCGAGCACCGUCGAUUGAUGCUGCGCGAAAAGAAAAAUCUCGGCUUGGACCCGGAGGAAGACGAUGAGGGCCAUCUUACCACGCUCUUCACGUUCAACAACCCUGCCGCCGGAACGGAGUUUCGGGAGCGACAGCCUCAAGCCUACAAGGCACCACCCGAUUUUCUGAUCGGCAAAUACGUCAUGGAGAAGUUCAAGGGCACCGAGGUGAAAUUGCGGCUCCGUUGGCAACGUCGUCCGAUAAGCAGUGCGACACUGGUGUUGUCCGACCCGUCGCUGGUGCUCUACGCCUGCGACCUGAUCAAAAAUUCUUCCAGUGCCUUCGCGCGUCCACUCUACAAUUCAAACACCGGAAGGCUGGUAAUCUGCCGUCUCCCAACGUGGCUCCGUAAACCGGAACAAGUGGAAGAGUGGGCAUGCUCGAUACUGGGACCUUGCAAGGUGAAAAUCGCCCGAACUAUCAUCAGACGGAACGACGAUCAAGAACUAUCCGAAUGGUUGACCGACACGCUCUCCUACCUACUCUCCCAACUAUUCGUGCGUUCCGGCGAGCAUGUUGGCGCGUAUGGCAGGGAGCAGCUCGUCAGCUUGGAGCAGUACUGCAAUGACUACCAACGCUUUCCCUGGAAGUUCACCUUUAACUCGUGGAAAAACGAAAACGAGGUCACGAUUCACUUCCAAAACCCGGCGCAAGGCUACGCCAUAGUCGACGAGCUGCUUCGUGUCCGGGACAUCGACAACCUGAGGAUGAACCCGUCGGACAGAUUCGGGCCCGAGUACUUGCCACAAUAUUCGAUCGAGUGUGAGGUGCCGCGGGCGUUGCGUGUCCUCUGCAACGACGAUAUUUGGGAGCUGAGCAGAGAAAUACAAGCCGAGUGCAAACCCCCGGAGCAAUGGGCCAGGAUCGGAGAGCCGGAGUUCCAAAACCACAACAACCUGCGCACGAGUCGAAUUGCCGUCUACGGAUGGCCAAAAAGCUUUGUCGACGAGCGAUACCAAAAACUGCAUGCCAUUUUCGCGCCCGAGGUUUACAAGGUGGCGCCCGACGACGAGGCCGGAAACUGGCUAUUUUAUGGAUACGGCGCUGCAUGCCUGGACAAGCAUCUGAAGAAUUCGGAUCUUUUCCGCAAAACGGCGGUCGACAUUGACGCGACCCGGCGCAAGAUUUCGAUCUGGGGAAACCGAAAGGGCAAACUCGAGGCCUUGAGGCGUAUCCGGGAAUUGGCGCGGAACCGAAAUUGCGUCUCGGGCAUCAUGGGGAUCAGCGUGGCGCCGCCCCGUUUCCCGCGCGGUUUUCCGAUGCUGCUCAACCUACUCGACGCAUUCGAACACUGCGGCAUUUCCGGAAUUGCGCAGUUCAUUGGAGGCAGAAGACGACUCGAGCUCGACUUUGAUCCGGUCGGCUGGGCGGUGUCGAUCAACGGCACUGUCAGCGACUACGAGAACUUGGUGCGAAUUGUCGACGGGCUGGACGAAGAGCUCUGGCGUGAAUUUGCCCUGAAUGAACAACACUCGCGGGACAAAAAUUCGAAUCGGGCACCCUCACGCACGUCUUCGCGACCGCUCUGCCACAUCUGCACGCAGCCGCUGAGCGACGACUUCUACAAGUUGGAGCGGUGCGGGCACGUCUUCUGCCGUCCAUGUUUGAACCAUCAGGUACUCUAUGCCGAGACCAGCCGCGACGCCGUCCCAUUCUACUGCGUCCACCCCGACUGCAAGGAGGACAGCCGGCUCGCCUCAAGUGAUGUAUUGUACCUACUCCUCGGCGCUGGUGGCGGCUUCAUGUUGGAAGAGCGUGCGUGGUGGCUGGACGGCGAGAAGCUCGAAAAGUUCACCCUGGCGUCGCUCGACCGGCUGAAGUACCAACGCAACUCCAUCUACUUUGGCUGCGUCACGCCGAGCUGCAACGGCGUCUUUCAGAAACUCGCCGCCGUCGUGCCGCUCCCGCCCGGUCUUGAACAAUCGGUGAAAAAGAUCGAAACGACUGUCCAGUGCAAAGCCUGCUCCCGCGAGCACUGCCGACUAUGUGGCGUCGAGGUUCAUCCGGAAUUCGGCUGCGACGAGUACCGCAUGCUCAGAGCCGACCCGGAUCGCUCGCUGUCCGUCUACGCGGAGAAGAAGGGCAACAAAAUCUCGGCGUGCCCCGGUUGCUCGGCGAUCAUCGAGAAGGCCGAGGGCUGCAACCACAUGGAGUGCUUCAAAUGCAAACUACACUUCUGCUGGCUUUGCAAGCAUCGGGGAAACGGCCCGCCGGACAUCUACAAACACCUUGCCGAGGUUCACGGCGGAGCCAUGGAUGGACAGGUCGAAUGGAGAUUCGGACCCGACGGCCAACUUCUGCAAGCACCACCUGAUGAGCUGGACGACGACGACGAGGACUUCAUUGUA